AUGUCUUUCAUGUUGUUCCUAACAUUGACCUUUGCUUCACUCGCCUCCAUCAACGCAAGCCCAUUAAAAUCUAAAUUUGGCAAACCUACCCAUCAACCAGUCGUCAACGCCGUCAUCGACACCCUCUCCAUUUCUGACCUCCAGGCUGAUCUCGCCAUUUUGUCCAAUUUUCAUACGAGGUUCUACAACUCUACGACCGGUGCGGCGGCUAGUCAGUGGCUCCUUGGAUAUGUAGAAGAGAUUACAUCAGGCCGCGACGAUAUCACUGCAGAAGCGUUUACUCAUGCGGACUUUCCUCAAACAUCUACGAUUGUUCACUUCAAUGGACAAAAUUCCUCGGCCCCUGUUACUAUCGUUGGGUCUCAUAUCGACUCUGUUUCAUGGCGUGGAGAGCUUGAGGAUCCCGCCAGCGAUCGCUCGCCAGGAGCCGAUGAUGAUGGUUCUGGGUCAGUGAACGUGAUCGCUACCCUCCGUGCCCUGGUUGAGGCUGGUUUCGAGCCUGCUACGCCUUUGGAAUUCCAUUGGUAUGCUGGCGAAGAAGGCGGGCUUCUUGGCUCGGAUGCUGUCUCGAAGAAGUAUAAGGCAGAUGGAAUCGAGGUCAAUGCCUACAUGAACUUGGAUAUGAACGCAUACACAAAACCUGGCGAAGAAGAAGUCAUCGUCAUACGCCAAGAUUUCUCAGACCCCGACCUCAAUGAAUUUAUCGAAAGCCUCAUCGACGAAUACAUUGGUCUCCCCGUGGCCACUGCACAGUGUGGGUAUGCAUGCUCUGACCAUGCGUCCUGGCAUCGCCAAGGCUUCCCAGCCGCAAUGCCAUUCGAAGGCCGUACCCGCAACCCACUCUUCCAUACGAUCGACGAUACCACAGAGGCACCUGGGUUCUCUUGGGAACAUUCAAUUCAGUUCGCAAAAUUAGCUGUCGCGUUUGCGUACGAGCUAUCGGCUUGA